UUGGCUAUAGACAGCAGGUGACAAAUAUUGAGAAGCCAUGAAUUGCUACCUCCAAGUUUAUCAGCUUGUAUUUCCUUUAAGAAUUCAUACAGUUAUUGUUGUGAUUUCUAUAUUACAUACCUUUUGGUACUCCCAUUUUUUUGUUAUACGUUCAGAAACAGUCACAGCCUAAGGUACGGUGGGCAGUUGUGCUCAUUUGGGGGCUAUAAAGAAUAAGAUUCCAUCCCUUCCCACAAAUAACUUAAGAGUUUAAAUUGGAAAUUGGAACAAAAAGGAGUUGGUGGUGAUCAGUUCUUCUUGGGUAUGAGAGACAGGAAAGACUUCAUAGAAGAGGUGAUAUUUACGCUGUUUUAAAAGAUGAGAGGAGCAUUCAUUGGACCAGUGGGAAAGGCCCUCCUAAUUAGGGAGAACUUUGUGAACAAAGCAGCAGGGGCAUCAAAAGGCCUGGCAAGUUGUUCAUUGUGGCUAGUGUGUGUUGGGUGAAUGGGGCCAUGAUGGAAGAUGGAGCCAGAGAGGCAUCAGGGAACAGUUCCAGAGUGGCUUGCUUUCUGAAAAGAGGAACUUUGAACUUUGUUCCCUAGGCAGGGUGGAAACCAUUAACAGGUUUUAAGCAAAAUAACAACAGGAUAACUGGUUCUGUGGGUUUUUUGUUUUUACAAAAAAACUCCAUAGUAAAGAAGGAUAGAGUGAUUGAAGCUGUAAGUCUGGAGUAGGGAAACCAGUUGGAAGAUUAAUGUUUAAGAAUGCAGGCAAGAAUUGAGGGCCUGAAGUGACUAACCCUAUAGAACUAGAGAUGGACAGGAAGAAGUCCAUCUCUAAAGAAACUUGGUGAUGAUUGGAUUGAGAAGAAGGAAUUGAGAUAACCUGGUUUCUGGCUUGUGUGAGUAGGUGGACAGGUAAGAUUCACCAUGAUAAGGAAUAAAGAAAUAAUCUGAUGUGGAAGGACAGUGGUGAGUUCCAUGUGGAUAGGUUGCUUUAAGAGGCAUCCGGUAGGCUGUUGGAUAUAUUGGGCUGCAGAUAAAACUUGGAGAGUCAUCAGCAUAUAAUUAUUAGUUAAAACUGUGGGGUGAUGAGGUUGUCCAAAGAAACCAUUUAUAGUAGGAAUUCUCUAAACCCAGAAUCUAAAUAUCCUGAAAUUACCCAAAAUGUUUUAUAUGUGGUUUUUGUUAGAGAAAGGUCCAACGCUUUCAUCAGAUUCUCCAAAGGGAUAAACAUGUUCAUCUGAAAAGGGAUGCCAGACAGGGUCCUGAGUGUCUCCAUCGUGUAAGUGAUGGGCAGGGGAAGCAGUCUCAGCAAGGAAAAUACAGAGGAGCAAGAAGGAAGUCUGAGAAAUGGUUAGGGGGUGGCUGCCGCCUUACAGAGGUCAAAUAAGAGGAGGGCUGAAGAGUCCGUGGGUUUGGCAAUUAGUAGAUUUGUAAAAUUGCUCCUUAACUAACAAGAUGGUGUUAAAUGUACUUCAUGAAGCUCCCCCAGAGGCACCAUGGUUUCUGAGAACUUUAAGAACCACUGGGCUACAAUAAAAUUCAAGUGUCUCAGCCAAGAUAUGGAAUAUUAUCUUGUAAAAUGGAAAGGAUGGCCAGAUUCUACAAAUACUUGGGAACCUUUGCAAAAUCUGAAGUGCCCGUUACUGCUUCAGCAAUUCUCUAAUGACAAGCAUAAUUAUUUAUCUCAGGUAAAGAAAGGCAAAGCAAUAACUCCAAAAGACAAUAACAAAACUUUGAAACCUGCCAUUGCUGAGUACAUUGUGAAGAAGGCUAAACAAAGGAUAGCUCUGCAGAGAUGGCAAGAUGAACUCAACAGAAGGAAGAAUCAUAAAGGAAUGAUAUUUGUUGAAAAUACUGUUGAUUUAGAGGGCCCACCUUCAGACUUCUAUUACAUUAACGAAUACAAACCAGCUCCUGGAAUCAGCUUAGUCAAUGAAGCUACCUUUGGUUGUUCAUGCACAGAUUGCUUCUUUCAAAAAUGUUGUCCUGCUGAAGCUGGAGUUCUUUUGGCUUAUAAUAAAAACCAACAAAUUAAAAUCCCACCUGGUACUCCCAUCUAUGAAUGCAACUCAAGGUGUCAAUGUGGACCUGAUUGUCCCAAUAGGAUUGUACAAAAAGGCACACAGUAUUCGCUUUGCAUCUUUCGAACUAGCAAUGGACGUGGCUGGGGUGUAAAGACCCUUGUGAAGAUUAAAAGAAUGCGUUUUGUCAUGGAAUAUGUUGGAGAGGUAAUCACAAGUGAAGAAGCUGAAAGACGGGGACAGUUCUAUGACAACAAGGGAAUCACGUAUCUCUUUGAUCUGGACUAUGAAUCUGAUGAAUUCACAGUGGAUGCGGCUCGAUACGGCAAUGUGUCUCAUUUUGUGAAUCACAGCUGUGACCCAAAUCUUCAGGUGUUCAAUGUUUUCAUUGAUAACCUCGAUACUCGUCUUCCCCGAAUAGCAUUGUUUUCCACAAGAACCAUAAAUGCUGGAGAAGAGCUGACUUUUGAUUAUCAAAUGAAAGGUUCUGGAGAUGUCUCUUCAGAUUCUAUUGACCACAGCCCAGCCAAAAAGAGGGUCAGAACAGUAUGUAAAUGUGGAGCUGUGACUUGCAGAGGUUACCUCAACUGAACUUUUUCAGGAAAUAGAGCUGAGGAUUAUAAUUUUUUUUUCCUAAUGUUAACAUUUUUAAAAAUACAUAUUUGGGACUCUUAUUAUCAAGGUUCUACCUAUGUUAAUUUACAAUUCAUGUUUCAAGACAUUUGCCAAAUGUAUUACCGAUGCCUCUGAAGAGAGGGUCACUGGGUAUCAUAGACUGAUUUGAAGUCGACAUAUUUAUAGUGCUUAGAGACCAAACUAAUGGAAGGCAGACUAUUUACAGCUUAGUAUAUGUGUACUUAAGUCUAUGUGAACAGAGAAAUGCCUCCCGUAGUGUUUGAAAGUGUUAAGCUGAUAAUCUAAUUAACAAUUGCUGAGAGAUCAAACAUGCAACUUGCCAUACACCUCAGAUUCGGAGAAACAGUUAAUUUGGGCAAAUCUACACUACAGUUCUGUUUUUGCUACUCUGUUGUCAUUCCUGUUUAAUACUCACUGUACUUGUAUUUGAGACAAAUAGGUGAUACUGAAUUUUAUACUGUUUUCUACUUUUUCAUUAAAACAUUGGCAUCUCAAUGACAAAUUUAAGGUAUAAAAUUAAAUGUAAAAAUUAA